CAGCCCCAGCGUUGCAUCUCGAGCAUGCGGCGGCAGCAGGGCAUGCGACUCGAUGAGAGAUACAUUCCGUACUUGCAGAUGGCCGGAUUAUACCAUCUUGCGAGACUGAACGAUAGAUGGUUCCGAUUAGAUGAGCCCCUUGUCAGUGCCUUCGUCGAUCGGUGGCGUCCGGAAACGCGCACCUUCCACAUGCCGUUCGGAGAGUGCACGAUCACACUUCAGGACGUGGCGUACCAGUUGGAGUUGCCAGUGGACGGGCGUUAUGUCAGUGGUUGCCUGACAGAUUUCCAGAUAUGCAUCCAGGGUGGCCGUCCAGCUUGGGUGUGGUUUCAGGAGUUGCUUGGAGUGAUUCCUCCUCCGAGUCAAGUUCAGAAGUUCGUAGUAAACUGCACCUGGUUCUAGGAGAGUGCCCCGCGAAAGCUGAUGAGGAGACUGUGCGGCGCUUUGCUUGUGCCUAUAUCAUGAUGUUGUUGGGCACUCAGCUGUUUGCCGACAAGUCCGGCAACCGUAUUCACAUCAGAUGGCUACCCUACGUGGCUAGGCUUGAGGAGAUGGGUGGCUACAGCUGGGGGUCUGUAGCACUAGCAUGGUUGUACCGGUGCAUGUGCCGAGUGGCCAACAGACAUGUGCUGAAGUUAGCGGGCCCAUUAUAGCUACUUCAGUCUUGGAUCUUUUGGCGCUUUCCUAGGUUUAGGCCUGCUGGGUAUGAUACGUGCAGCUGGCCGUUGGCCUCGAGGUACCAUUCUCGGACUUUUCUAUUUCAAGUUAAAUUAAUUAAUUCCAUGUACGCUUGUAAUGUUAUACAAUUCUGUCACACUUUUAAUUAGCUAUAACACCGAUGUGAGAUGCAGAUGGUCAGGUUACAACUUUUUCAGUAGCGAGAAGGGACCUAGAGUUCAGAUGUGCAGGUUGAGGAUAGACAUGUUACAGGCCAGGGAUUUCAUCUGAAUACCGUAUAGCUCCCCCGACGUACUAUAGGUUGUGCAUCCGGAGGUGUUGGAGCAUCGUCAUACGGCGUUAUGGCGGUCUGUGACGUCACUGAUAUAUUUUGCCGUGAUAGAGUGGCAUCAGAUAGAUAGGGUUUUACCGCAGUUCGGCGGAGUCCAGCCCCGUCCCCAGCCCGCCCUGAACAUCGACUUUCUGAUGUCGAAGGACGGGAUAGGAGGUGAUCGUUGGUUCCCGUACAGUUUGCAGUUCUAGCAUCUUCAUUAGGAGAGCCGUGCGGACCACGUUCUCCGGUUCGAUGUUGUCGCAGACCCUGGACCCUCACAUGACUUCUUGGAGUGGUGGAUUCAGCAUGGAAAGAGGUUCUUGUCACCAGAGAUGUACCUGGGGGAUCUGAGAGCCGUUCCUAUUCCUGUGGAGGCGACGCAGAGGGGUGCUGGGCGAGUUCCUGAUAUGGAUCGUGUUGACGACGUGCCGGAUAAGCGUCGGGUUGAAAAGAGAGCUCGUGUGGGACACGACGUAGCCAGCGUGAGUGGCGGUGGCUGGACCAGGCUAUGGACGACGGUAACGCGGACGGUAGACGAGGAGGGCAUGGAGGCAGACGGAGAGCGCGUGCUGCGGAUCACGAUCACAAUGAUCAUGGUGACGACGACGACGAUCAGCACGGACCUGUGGGGGGGACGCUGGAGGGCAUGCUGGAGUUGGUGGGUGUUAGUCCCCAUCAUGGCGGGCAUGGUGGAGAGUGGUACGGGUCCGGUAUGGGUGAUGGGGCUGACCAGGGUGAUGGUGGACUUGGCUCAGGGCCGCUAGGCGAUUACUUUGUUAGUGUCCACGCCCAUGACCAGACACUUCAGGAGAGUACGCCAUGGGUUAGCCCGACGACGAUGUUUUCAGACUUGCUGGCCGGUGAUGGUCUUGAUGCUAACUUCGGCGGGUCACACUUCCUAGAUGAGAUUAGUGCCAUAAUGCAGGAGGAUGAUGCGGCCGGUCGGCGAGGUCAGACGUCGGGCACACAGGCACCUUUAGAUGUCGAUCUGAACGAGCCUCCUACCAUGCCUGCUCCUGACUCUUUUGCAUUGGGUGGUACCCCUCCUUCUGCCUAUACUGAUGCGUCACAUUCAGUUGCUGGGCCGUCUGGGGAACCCGUCCAGCCUAGGCCACCUGAAAAGCCUGCCCCGGAUGAGGAGGAGGAUGAGAUCAAGGACGAGGAGCUGCUUAUCCGGAGAGGCCACAGGACACGGGUACCCCGUCGUUGCUUCACCGGUUCGCAUCUGUUCAGAUGAUUGGUGUAUGUUGUAUGACUUUAUUUGAUGAUCAGUGUUGUAUCUUAGCCACCUUUAUUUAUGUCUUUCAUGUACUUCUACGAUCCAACUUGUAUUUUGGUUAUUUAUGUUCGAGUACUUUGUUGUUUUAUCGUGUUUCCGUUACUUUGAAAAUGGGUGUUCAUUGUUUCUUUAAGUUAUUAGGAUAUUUUUCCCAUCAUGUAUUCAUGUAAUUUGUAGAUGGCGUUUUUGCCUUGUGUAUUAAUCGGACAUUUCAUGCUUCAUUUUGGAAACGGAACAUAUUCAUUAAUUAAUAUCCCAUGCAAAGUACAUCGCAUUAAGUUUAACAAAUUUUAACACUUAUCAACUACAACUAAGGAAACCUAUAACAGUGGAAUCUAAACGCCAAAGUGAAAUCAACAAAGUAUCAAAGCUAACAAUACACCUUCUGAUGUCCCCCUGUAUGGGCUAGUCCUCCGACCUGUGGACAACUCCGACGUGCGUGUCCAGGUUGCCGACAGAGGCCACAUCUCUUUGGUCGAUUCGGAUCUGCCUCGUCCAUAUUGGUCCGUAUCUGAGUCGACCUGGGACAACCCUCCCUCGCACGCCUCUUGUUCGGGUCUGGGAUCACUGUCGGCCCAUCAUAUGGUGGCCAGAAACCCUCCAGAAUGGGAGGUGUGAACCCCAUCCGAUACACACUGAACACCGAACUAAGGCGAUACACCUGGUGGACGUACGGCUGCCAAGUAAGCCGUGAGUAAGC